AUGAAAAUCUCUUUCGAAACCCCACAAUGGCUUAUCAACAUUUAUCACAUAAUCACUCUAAUCUCAAUUUUGAUAAACUCCCUGGGAAUUUAUUUAAUUCGAUUCCAGAGUGGAAAAAUAGACAAUUUCAAGUAUUUCCUGCUAUGGUUUAUUACGUGCAAUCUUCUCGGAGACUUCAUAAUGUUCUUCAUGACCCAACCAAUCCCAUUACUUCCGAUUUGGGCGGGACAUAUCCAUGGACCGUUUUGGUCUAUUUUUCAUAUUGGAACUCAUAUGGCAUCAGUGAUCGGCAGUGUGAUAAUGGGACAACAAGCAGCUGCUCUAACUAUGUGUUUUGUUCGAAAAUAUCAAGCAAUUUCGAAAUUGGAUUCUCGGAACGAAAUUCGUAAUAACUGGGUGAUUUUCGCGGCUUCUCUUACUCACGUCCUUAUUGGAACUUGGAUUGUGCUUUACUAUUUUUCGGGGAUUGAUCGGCAAACUGCCUUGGAUUUUAUCCAAUUGAACUACCCAGAAUACUAUUCCCAAUUUGUGAGUCUUGACGACUUUCAAUUAUACAUGAAAAAUGGAAUCACUCAUUGGUUUAUUUCCGCUGCAGCUAUGAUGGCUAUCACUUUUACUUCGAUAAUUAUAUUUUGCACAGUGAAAAUUUUCCAAUUGUUGCGUAGUUUGGAAAAUCAGAUAUCCGAUGGUCAUCUGAAAAGGCACAAGACAGCAGUUACAAGCUUAUUGGCACAGCUCAUCACCUCACCAGUUGCAUUUCUUCCACCCGUGGCUAGCGGAUUUCUUUUGGCUUUCGAUUUCGAACAUAUUCAGUUCAUCAGCUGGAUCCUAUUGGCAAUGACAUCGUGCCACGGAACCAUCAACUGCUUGGUGAUGAUUUUGACCUGCCCACCGUAUAGGGUUUUUGUGAAAAAUAAGAUUUUGAAAAUAUUUUGUGUUGAAAAAUAA